GCGUGCAUGAAAAAUUGUGUUGCGUCUAGAAAAAUUGUGUUUUCAGUCUUAUGGAAAACUUGCCGGCGAGCGGUUGGCUGGAUCGCGAGCAAAGCAAAGAAAAGCAAAUUGUAGCGAAAAACUGCAUUUCGUCGUCUUGUCGGCAGCCGCGCGCGCGUUUUAGAGGAGCCGGCAUUGUUAACGGCACAUCUGUGCAUUUGAUUGACAAGUGCAACAGACAGCUGCAGUCCACUUGUCAUUUGCCAGUUUACUCCGGACAACGCAUGACAGGACAACAAAGCUUGGGCGAAAGGACAUGCGAAACAGCAUCCGCAUCACAAUCUCCAUCGAAAAGGGGGCGAGCGCGGGGCCGGAACAUAACCAAUAUGGAUAUAAUCCAAUUGGCUGCUGCUGCUGUUGCUGUUACUGUUGGCAACAGGGACAACCACAAAGCCCCACUGAUUGAUUUGUUUAAUGUCGCCGCGGGGCAGCUAUGCAGGAGAAUAGGCGGAAGGAGACGUAAGGAGCUGCAACUGGAACGGACAUCGUAAACUUAACGAACUCUUAAUUUCAUUAACGCAUAUUUAAGAAGCACGGCUCCAAGGAGGGAGGGAGACGCUCGCUCGGCCCCCCAACCCUAGCCGAAUCAAACAGCGGGGCGCUGCGUAAACGCAUAAAGUGGACGCCCUUGACGCAGGACGACGACAUUGUUAAGCGGCUGCCUCGGCGUCGCUGCUGCCUCACAAGCUGUGGCCAGGCGCAGGC